UCUGUACUAAAAGUGGUAACCCCGAGCUACACUCGGGCUUACCAUGUGGCGCUGCAUAGGGAGUCCCUCCAGCACUUACCUUGUCCUUCGCUCCCGCAAUGUGUCCCCUGCAGCGUCCCCGGCCAUCUCCUCCGGCUGAUGCCAGCAUCCGGCUUCUAUUUUCCGGUCGCUGCGACGUCGGGACGUACGGGCGCCGCCGGAGGCGGGAAAUGUGAAAAUUAAAAAAAAAUGUCAUUUUUUUCAAAAACGAAUUUUACAUAUGCUUUUUCCUGUCCACUGUCUGCAUUUUGACUGUUCUUUCUG